AUGUGGGAACGUACACUUCAGGAUCUUAUUCGAGGUUUACGCGCCAACAAAAAAGAUGAAGCCAAAUUCAUCGCGAAAGCUGUAGAUGAGAUCCGACAUGAGAUCAAAACAGAUGAUAUGGAGUUGAAAGCAGGGGCUGUUCUCAAGCUCACAUUCCUAGACAUGCUGGGUUAUGACAUGAGUUGGGCUUCAUUCCACGUUGUGGAGGUCAUGUCAUCUCCCAAAGUGCAUCUCAAAAGUAUUGGCUAUUUAGCUGCCGCACAGUCAUUUGAACAAGAUACGGAUGUGCUCAUGCUCACCACCAAUUCUCUGAAGAAAGAUUUGACAUCAACACCUGCGGACAUUGCUGUUACCUUAGAUGGCUUAUCACACAUUGUUACGCCUGAACUUGCUAGGGAUAUUACCCCUGAGCUCAUAGCAAUGUUAAACCACUCCCGGCCUAACAUCCGAAAACGGGCCAUACUUGCACUCUAUAAAACACUCAUGAAAUAUCCUGAAGCUAUAUCCCAGGCGCGUACCCGCCUAGAAGAAAAGCUCACAGACCCCGAUCCUUCCGUGGUCGCCGCAACUGUCAAUGUCCUUUGUGAGCUUGCCCGUCGCAACCCAAAAGACUACUUAAUGCUGGCUCCCCAAUUAUUCCACCUACUCACCUCGUCGACCAAUAACUGGAUGCUCAUCAAAAUCAUUAAAUUGUUUGGAUCUUUGUCCCCUCAUGAACCUCGGCUGGUGAAGAAACUACAACCUCCAAUAACAGAACUCAUUUCAACGACACCAGCCAUUUCGCUCUUGUAUGAAUGCGUUCAUACAUGUAUCAUUGGGGGCAUGCUCCAAGGACCGUCUGGCGAUUCUUUAGCAAGAAUAUGUGUUUCUAAAUUGGCUAAUUUUAUCCAGGAUGCCGACCAGAACUUGAAGUAUAUAUCUUUGCUUGCAAUGGCAAAGAUUGUCCCUACACACCCGCAUUUGAUAACGGAGUACCAAGACACUAUCAUAUCGAGCGUCAAUGAUCAGGAUAUCAGCAUCCGUAUGAGAGCUUUAGAUCUCCUUUCUGCGAUGGUCAAUCGCAGUAAUUUGCAAUCAAUUGUACAACAGCUAUUGGCGCAUCUCGUCAAAGAUCCCUCUUCAGUUCCUCAAACUGCCACCCAGUCACUAUCUCAAAAUGCCUCAUCCGCACCUCCAAUCACCCCAAAUUCCUUUUCUCCAAGUCAAUCGCCUGCUUAUCGUCUCACCCUGGCCCAACGCAUAUUAACAUUAUGCUCACAGUCAACCUACGAAAAUGUCACCAAUUUUGAAUGGUAUAUAUCUGUCUUGGUUGAUCUGGCGCAUGUGGCGAAUGUCGAUAUCGGUUCUGAAAUCCGCGAUCAACUCGUUGACAUUGUUGGGAGGGUGCGAGGGGUCAGGAGAUAUGCUGUCAAGCUCAUGUACUCUCUCCUGAGUGACGAUACAAUCACCAGAAAUGCGGGCGAGCCUGGAAGUUGUUCGGAGGUCCUCUGGGCCGCGGCCUGGAUAUGCGGGGAAUAUUGUUUGGAGCUUUCUGAACCUGAAAAACUGCUACCAUACCUUUUGCAACCAGAAAUAGACAAUCUUUCUUCUGACAUCAUUGCAGUGUAUAUACAGGCUGCAACAAAGAUAUUUGGCAUGUGGGCAUCCGAGCUAGCCCAAGAAUGGGAAGAUGAUAGCUUACCCGAAGUCAAACAAGUUGUCGAGUCAAUCCUCAACCGAACAAGGGAAUUUUCUGGAAGUCAAUACAUUGAAGUCCAAGAGCGAGCUGCAAAUGCCGUAGAGCUAUUUGUCUUCAUCCAAGCCGACCUGAAUUCUUACUGCCCAAAGUCCGACCUCUCAGCGCCUGUAUCAUUAGUUGGACCCUCGUUGAAUGACGGGUUCGACCAGCAUGACGAACCUAGUUUCCCUAAAAGCUUAUAUCUCAUUCAACCUUUGUUCAGUGUCUAUGAGCUUAAUCCCGUAGCAACGCACGCGCAGGCUAGUGUCCCUCUACCUGAAGGCUUGGAUCUCGAUGCUUGGAUUGUUCCUCCGCCACGAGAAGUAACGCCACAGUUAGAGAAACCGGAAGCCGACGGGGCAGAGAAGAAAAAGAAGAAAGUCAAGAAGGGUAAAGGCAAAGAAGAGGCGUCUUCAUCGAACAAGAAAAAGAUAGCCAAGGCCAAAAUCAACUCCGAAGUGCUCACCCCUGUGGAAUCGGACACCGAAUCUCCAGAAGAAAGAGCACUGCGGGAGAAGCGAAAGGCAGAACGGCUUGCACAGCUACGGGACGAUCCAUAUUAUAUUCUUGACGAUAAACCAAAGCCUCAUGUUUAUGAUGUCGAUUCUAUACCAAUUGUCCAUCUGGAAGACAUGCCGCCCAUGCCUGGCUUUUCGGACGGCAAGUACCCUACCCUCCGAGCUAAUUCCAACACAUUCUCCUCGGGAUCAUUCACAAUAGAGAGAGAUGGGGAAAUGCCUGCGGCUGCCACUCCACCUCGACCACAGGCAGGUUCACAACCCAUAUCUGCCUUGCCGAGCGGUGUUGCCACGCCGGUUCGAUUGAUGCCUUUUCCAGAGUACGAGGUUUCUGGAGAACCUCCUGUUGAGCCAAUCAAGGUUGUUAGGACAAAAAAGAAAACGUUGGGGAAGAAAAAGAAACGCGCCACCCCGGAAGAUGAUGCACCAAACUCAUGA